GGUUGCCGGGAAGCGCGCCUCGCCCCUCCUUCUCGUCCUCCCCUCACGCGCCACCCGUUUUUCCUUUCUCCGUUAAUAACAGCUAGCUGGAGGAGGAGGGAAGGUGGCUCCUGCGGAGUGUGGGCGGGCGCCUCCCACUCAUCCGCAAGUCGCGGUAGGAGCAGGAGGAUGGCGGCGGUAGCGGCAGCCGUCCGGGAGGAGGCGGUGCCGAGGCCCGGGGCGCAGACCGCAGCGGUGGCGGCAGUGAGCGGCAGCGGUCCGUCGUGGCGCACCAGAAGCGAAACUAGUGGCAGCCGCACAGCUACCUGAGCCGUCGCCUCCCGCCGGAGUCAGAGCGGCGGCCACUGCUCCCGGAGCCGGGACUCCUUUUCUGUCUCGUCGUCUCCCGCGCCCCGUCAGGCCGCUGGACUCACCCGCCGCCUCUGAGAAAAGGGCGCCGGACGCCGACCGCCCCGCGGGGCGCCGGGCGGCGGCCCUGGACGUGCGGGGGCCUCUCUGUGCUGGCCGCGGCGCCUCGGCCCUGCCCUCUCUGUCCUGCUCUCGCUCCCGCCCUCCCGGCGCUCCGGGCGCUGCGCGCCGGCCCGGCCCGGGGCAGGGCGGACAUGGGCGCCAAGCAGAGCGGCCCGGCCGCUGCUAACGGCCGCACUCGGGCGUACUCAGGCUCAGAUUUACCUUCUAGCAGUAGCGGAGGGACCAAUGGGACCGCGGGCGGCGGCGGCGGGGCUCGGGCCGCGGCCGUUGGGAGGUUUCCGGUUCAGGUGCCCAACACGCAGCAGCCCAGCGCUUCGGGCGGCGCCGCGGCGGCCUCAGCGGCCCCGCGCAGCCGCUCCCUCGGCGGGGCCGUGGGGACUGUGGCGUCGGGGGCCCGCGCGGCGCAGUCCUCCUUCAGCAUCCCCAACAGCAGCAGCGGACCGUACGGCUCGCAGGACUCGGUGCACAGCAGCCCAGAGGACGGCGGUGGCGGCAGGGACCAGCCAGCGGGGGGGGGCCCCGGCGGGCCGCGCCUGGUGAUCGGCUCCUUACCAGCUCACCUCUCGCCGCACAUGUUUGGAGGAUUUAAGUGCCCUGUAUGCUCAAAAUUUGUACCUUCAGAUGAAAUGGAUUUACAUCUUGUGAUGUGUUUAACAAAGCCAAGAAUAACCUAUAAUGAGGAUGUACUGAGUAAAGAUGCUGGGGAAUGUGCAAUAUGCCUUGAAGAACUGCAGCAGGGAGACACUAUAGCACGAUUGCCUUGUCUAUGCAUAUAUCAUAAAGGCUGCAUAGAUGAAUGGUUUGAAGUAAAUAGAUCUUGCCCUGAGCACCCUUCAGAUUAAGCAUCAGAUUCCUGUUUUAUAGGUAAUUCUUCCUUUUCCUGUUUACAUUGCUUUUUAAAGUGUUAUGUUGAAUUACAGGUUCUCAGGCAUCAUUUUUAUUAUUCAUUUAUUCAUUAAGGCUUUUGUGUGUACGCCCUGGACAUUAUGUUAAACUACUGUAUAAAAACUCAUAUAAAAAAAAUAAAUUAAAAACUAUUUUCUUGAUUCCUGAACAGUCAUAUAUUGAGUAACUUCUAUAUUCUAGGUACUUUCAAACAUACUAGCUUAUUUAAUUUUAAUGUAAUGCUUAAAAAACCCAACGAAGUACAUAUUAUGACCCCAUCUUAGCAGUGAGAAACCUGAGGGUCACAGUAGUUAAGUUCCAUGACUUUAAGCAGGAAGUUACACCAAGAGACCAAGGUCAUAGUUAGUAAAUGGAAUUUAUUAUACAUUUUAUUAACAUUUAUAUAGCAUUAUUAUGUGCCAGUCAUUGUUAUAAGCAUUUUACAUCUGUUAACUCAUUUGUUAUACCAACCCUUUGAACUCAAUACUCUUACUGUUCCUUUAUACAUAUGAGGAAUUUAAGUCACAAGUUAAGAAACUUGACUUGCCAAGGUCACAUAACUAGUUCAUGGAACUGUUUUGCUAUUAUUAGGUAGGAACUAGGAGCAUUUUCUUCUAAAAGUUGUGUCAUAGCUUUAUUCAUUCAAUUAAAUCAUUCACCUUUGUAUAAAAACCAAACCAAAUCCGUUGCCAUUGAAUCGAUUCUGACUCAUGGAUACUCAGCAUAUAAUGAAGUGCCUAUCAUAUAGUAGGCCCCCCCAAAAAAUGAAUUUUAAAACUGAAUAAAAAUUUGUUUUGCUUUCCUGAUUUAGCUUAUUCAUGGUAUUGCAUUAUCUGAAAAUGUUUACUGAACUGAAUGAUAACCUCACUUGGGUAUUGCUUUUUUUCAUAGUUCUGUGAAGCAAAUUAAAUGGCAUUGUUUAGCUUUGAAAAAUAAAGAUUAACUUAAUUGCUGUCUUCAAAUAUAUGGAAAGUUUUUAUGAGACCAUUGCAGAAAUGACGUAAAGCAUUGGAUUCUUACAUCAAGGCAGAACAUUUUGCCAAUCCAGGUAUUAUUUCAGAAGGAGUUAGAGCCUCUAUCUUCAGAGACUCACAAGACAGUCACAGACACCAGUCUUUCCUGGAUGCCGAAGACCAAAGGCAGGAAACUAGAUCAUAUGAUACCCUGAGGUCUAGUCCUGUACUAAGGCUCUCUCCUGGUAACCCAAAGGUCGGCAGUUCAAACCUACUAGUGGCUUCAAGGAAGAAAGACCUGUUGACCUGCUCCUGUACAGAUUACAGCCUAGGAAACCCUGUGGGGCAGUCCCACUCUGUCAUACAGGGUGGCUGUAGUGGGAAUUGACUUGAUGACACACAACACACAGCCCUGUACUGUUCCCCAUUUCCUUUCCUUUUACUCCUGGUCUUGAAUUUGAGAAUGUAGGUAUUAAAGUAAAAACACAUUCAAGAAAUUCUUUUGCUCCGUUAAUGAGGAUAAUUUAAGAGCAGCAGAUUAGAAUAUUGACGGAGAUUUGAAUAACUUAAUAGCAGCUGUAGCAACUGAACUGAGAGCUGCAAAUUAAAUGUGUGUGAAAUGUGAAAGCCUUGGGGAAUGGGAAGCUAGUAAGACUCUCAGCCUUUGACCUUUUACUGUGAAGUUACUCAGAUCAGACCUUGAUACAUUAAAAAGAAAAGUGAAUUGGGGUAAAAUUGCUGUGCAGAAGUGUAGUGAUGGAAUGGUAUUCUGAGUAUAUGUGCAUGUAUGUUUUUAUUUCACUAUGAAAAAAGUUUUUUGAAGAGGAGGAUGCUUUAGAAUGAUUGCCUUCAAUGACAUCUGUGUCUGGGCCAAAAAGUAAAAUGACAGCUAAAAUUAUAGAAGCUUUUUAAGACAAGUGCUAAAAAACAAUAUUAAUAAAAUGAAAUUUUUAUUUUAGUACCUUAUGUGCCAAGGUAAUAUAUUUAAAUCCUUCACCUAUAAGGAAAAUUUGUCUUUUAGAGUCAAUAAACUUUUGUGUGAGAUGGAAUUUUAGGGUAUAUAUAUAUUUUUUUAUGAUCUAAUCAGCUAAAAUUUUUCCUGUAAUAUUACAAUGAGCUUCUGGGAUCUAUAGAGCGUAUAUCUCAUCUCAUAGUCAAUAGGCAUGUCUGUGGGUCUUAAACAGCAUUUCAGCUUCCUUCUCUUACAUACCAAUUUUGUCUUCUUGUUUUGUUUUUAUAUAGAACCUGAAUUUGAAACUAGCCUAGUAUAUGAGAUAGUACAUGUUGUCUACAGAAAUCUGAACCAAUGAGAUAUAUCUCCGUGGGUCUUGAAAAGUCAUUUUUAGCAACUUGUAGGCAUGGAGUAUCUUGACUCACAUUUUUGUUUCUGUUCUGGCUGCUUGCUCUUAUAUGCUACGUGAUAAAUUCUUCCUGUCCCUUUUGCUGUCCCAGAUCAAAAGUGUAUGCAUUUGAAGAGGAUUCAUUGUUGUUAAAACACUGGGAAAAAAAGGAAGAAGAAGAAAAGCAAUGUAUAGCAGCAAAACCUAGCAUUUCUGGUAUCCUUAAGCAUAAAAAUUUAAUAAUCAACCCAAAAUAGGGAUACAUGAAUAUCUAAGGUCUUGAUUAGUUACUUUUUACAAUUUUUUAAUUUGGAGUGUUUAGUUAUUGGGGAGAGAUUAAUAAAUUGAUGUGAGUAUAUAUGUUUGCAUAUGUGCAUAUGUAUUUAAAAUGCUGGUUUCUGUACUCUGGUGUAGUCUUUGUUGUGGAGGGGGAAUGACUUACACAUUGGCUAUUUGUGACUGUUUACUAUUUUAAGCUUUAAUUGUUCCUUUUGUGUUCUUGAUAUGUUCUUCUGCAUAGUUCGAAUUUUAUGAGUUUUUAGAAUAGUUAAGAGAAUGGACAUUUACAGUAACUGAAGAAAUGCUUAUGGGGAAAUGGAUGCUGUAUUUUGAUUUAUAUUAUUAUUAUGGGUCACUGUUUAAAACUAAAUAUAUCUAUUUUUAAACAGGUUUUCUUGUCUUUUCGAGAUGCUUGAAAAACCUAGAGGAUAUGAGGAUCUGUCUCUGGAAAAAUAAAAAUGCAGGCAUACUCAGCCAGAAAUCUGAGUUCUGUUGAGACUCCAAAAUACAGAGAUGGACAAUCAUACAGAAAAAAAGAAAAUCCUGCUGAAAAGAGGACAGUUCCCACAUAACUCAGUGUACCAAACAUGCAUAUAAAGGACACACACAGGGAUUUUGAAUAUGCUGCACAUCCCUUAGUAGUCAUCUACGUAGGUAAUACUGAUAAACAUUUUGUAUUCAGACGCCAAAGUUAACUUGAUUUAAAAGUUGAUUUACUUUUUAUUAAGUUCUCUAGAGCUGCACAACUAGUUGUUUUUUGAUUUGUUUUUUCAUUUGGGGUUUGUUUUAUGUUCCCCAUUUUGUGCAUUCAUCUAUUCUUAAAUUGAAAACUACAUAAUUUGCUUCUUUUAAAGUCUUAAAUGUGAAACUAAGAAGUGUAAUCAAGCAGUAAAACAUUCUCUGAAUGCAGACCAUGAUCUCAAGUUCUUCCAUUUUUCCCCUAAGAGUGGAAAACAGAUUGAUUCUACAUAGGAAAGCUAAAAUAUGUUAAUAUUUUUUAAAUUAAAGGUUUAACAUUAUCAGAGUGCAGUUCAAAGAGUAAAUCAAGUUACAUAAUUGCGUUUUAAUUAAUUAAAUCUAGAAUUGUUAAUUACAGUUUAUUAAAUACAUUGUUUCCUCUUGAAACUGCUCAACAGCUAAUCAGCAGUGAAUCAUCUUGCAGCUAUGCAACUUUUUAAAAAAUACAAAUUACCAAUUUUAAGUGCUGCCAGCUACAAUAACUUUGUUUUAACGGGUAUUUUUUGUUUAUUCUUUUCAUGUAAUUAUUUUAUUGUGCUUUGCAUCUCCAGGAAGUUUUUCCACAUUUGGGUAAAAUGUUUAGAAGGUUCUGAACUUAAUAACUUACGAAAAGAGUAAAGUAAAAUUUUCUGGAGUGGAACUUGGGAUAAUUUAAGGGACAUUUUAUAUACUUUUAAAAGUCACAGUUUAAUUGGGAUGCCAGAUUUAUAGCAAUUUGCAUCUUUAAUUUUCCAGAUAAUCUGGAGGUUAGCAUUUGAUAAAUGAUUUUUUUAAAGCAAAUAUGAAGAUUUUGUUAAUUUAUAAUUUAUUAAUGUGUUAUUACUGUAAUUAAAAUUGUUAUUCUACAGCAACUUCUAAAUUCAGUCUUGUGUAGAAAGAAGUGUAUUAAGAGAAAUUAUGUGAAUAAAUAUUCCCACAAAAUACAUCUGAAUGGUUAAAAACAACAACAACUGGAAGAGAGCUAUCAAGGCUACAAUAGUGAAUGUCUUUUUUUUUAAUAUCAAAAAUACCUACACGUAGAUUUUGUGUUUUCAACAUAAGGGAAAAUGUUAAGAGUGAAUAUUUAGGUAGUGCACUUUACCUGGUGUAAUUGAAAGUUGCACAGUACUGUUUCUAUUUUAAGCUUUCUUCAAUGUCUUUAAGUAUUUGCUUUUCUAUUUAAUGCUGCUACUCUUAUUCUUAAUUCUGUAGGUUUUUUUCCCCUACUCUAUUGCUUCCAUUUCAUAUUUUUUAAAAGGGCAAAUACACGAGCAACGGCUGCUACCCAGAAAAACUUGUGUAUUAAAACAAAAGUGUUUUUAAUUGAUUUCUGUAUAAUUCUAGGCCAGAUAACAUUUUUCCUAACGUUAUGCUAUGAAUGCCUUUUGUGAUGCUGCGGUUGAUAAAAGAAUUCAAAACCUCCAUUGUAACAUCUGACAGCACAGUUUCCUAGGUGCUUUUUAAACUAGUUAUGAAAAAUAUUCUUAAUUUUUUUCUGCUGUCACAAAAUCUUAAUUUGAAUUUAUUUUAUCUCAUGUUUUUAAUUUUAUAAGCUCUCACCUCCUAAGAAAAACCUCUUAGAAUGUGAAUAACCCAUUUGUUUUCUACUACUGAUAUAUUAUGAUAACAAUUACUUUAUUAUAUUCCAUUCUUAAAGCUGUGGUAGUUAACUGCUCUGAUUCUCCUGGAAGUUGCUUUUCUGAUAAAUUUACUUAUUUACUUUUUAAAACCUAUGGGCUUAAGUUCACUUUUUCUUCUUUAUUCUAUGCCAUACUCUCACAAUCUUACUAACUUGGCCUCUGUUUGUCCUUAAGGUUCUGUGCUUCAGCUGCUAUAAUGGACGCUCCUGUGGUUUUAAAAGAAAGUUCAGUGUUUGUCAGUGUCAAGUGCUACUUUAUUAUUAUCUUUGUCUAGAACAGUGUUUAUUUAAAUCUGUUUAUCAUCGCAGUCCCUUUUUUGUUAAAAUUUACAUAAAUUAGUGUUUUUACUUUAAGUUCAGUCUCCAUCAAUGACUUCCUAAAAAGAAUAACUUAAAUGUAGAAAAUGGUGUUUUUAAAGCCCAGCUGCUCCAGUUUUUAUUCAAAAUGAAAGUUGUUAUUCUAGAAAAUAUUGUAAGUAAUAUUCUACAUAAUGUCACUUACAAUAUUUAUAAAUCUAUACGUAAAAACUGAAUAGGAUAUGUAGGACAUAAAAUCACGUUAGGUAUUUAAAUGUUCAGCUGAAAACUACUGACAACUAAAUAUUCUGGAGACAAAGAUUGAAAGCCUAGGUUAUCAAGUUGGUUAUAGCUUUCUAGGACCUUUGUAAAUACUCGUUUUUCAAAUGAUACCAUCUUGCAUAUAUAGAAAGCAGUAUGUCCUGAGAUUUCACUUCAGUGCCACUCUUUUGUCCAUAAUGGAUUGAAUGCCAAUUUUGACUCCUCAUCUUACUCUGAUCUGGCUCUCCCCCAACCCCAUCAGAUGUUUAACAGAAGAUAAAAUUACUCUGUCUUACUUUUGGCUCUUUGCCAGAAAAUAGACUAAGCAUAGUCUUAAUAUCUGUUUUUCAGAUCUGGUUAUAAAUCAGAUUAUAGAUCGUGUUUUAAGAGCAUUGUUUGUGAUUGAAGUAUAAAUAAUGGUUUCUCUAAUUUUUUUUGUGAUAGCCAAAACAACAUUAAAAAAAUUAUAUUGUUAACUGUUGCAUAAUAUGUAAAUUUUGGUUUCUUAUUGCAGCUGUUAUAUUUCUUUUAAAUGUUAUACAGUUAUCUCAAUUUUCACCUACUAGACACUUUACUGGAAUGUCACUCAAAAAUAUGCCUGUGGAGUACUGUCAGCUAUCUGCAGUAUGUAUUUUAAAAAGAUCUUCAUUUAAAUGAGUUAAUGAAAAUGGCAGAUCCUCUUUCAAAGCUUAUUUGACUCAGCCAUGUUUCUAAGUUUGGGUAUAAUAAAGUUUAACAGCAGUCAUUUAAAUUAAUGUAAUAAGAUACAACAUGGGGAUAUUUCUUUAAAA